UGUACCUUCGCCACUUGCAAAAUUUUCUCGUAAACACGGUAAUAAACUUGGCAGUUGGUGGUCAAUUGACUCGGAGAGAGAGAGGAGAGAGAGUCUCUAAUGGGACUGUAGAGAAGACUUUGUGGAGAGAGAAGACUCUUCGACUUCAUCUUCUUCAUCUAUGGUGUAUGAUAUUUUCUUUGUCGUAGCUUCGCUUCAUGUGUAAUCUAUAUUUAUACAGAGAGAUAAAGAGAGUUGAGAGAGAGAGAUGGAGUCUGAUCAGGCACCUCAAUUAAAAGGGGUAGUAAUAAUCACACUUCCCCCUUCAGAUAACCCAUCUUUAGGCAAAACCAUAACUGCUUUUACACUCUCUGAUUCACCUCCAACACCACCUCACCAAGCCCCACGAGAACAACAAGAACAAGAACAACAACAACUUGCACUUCCAAUUCAGUCAUCACCGAACCAUCAAUUUCGAUUCUCAUUGAGAAAGACCCUAUUUGGUAGCCCAAGAAUUAGAUUGGGGCUUCUGGGUGUCUCUCUUCUUGCUCUGAUCUCGUGGGUCUCUAUAUCUCCAAAUACCCUUCUUGAAUCACGCAAUUCAGAUGAUGAUGAUCAGAAACCCAAUUCUUUUGUCUUUCCUUUGUAUCCAAAAUGGGGUAUUCAAGGUGAUGUUGAGCUUAAAUUGGGGAGGUUUGUGGGAAUGAAUAGAAAGAAUGUUGUGGUACCAUUAGAUGAUGGAAUGGGGCACAAGAAGAUCACUAAAUUGGUUAGUACAGAGUCGGCCGCCGUCGAUUCCACUACUAUUUUCCCUGUCAGGGGUAAUAUUUAUCCAGAUGGAUUGUAUUAUACUUAUUUGCUUGUUGGGAGUCCUCCAAAACGUUAUUUUCUUGAUAUGGAUACUGGGAGUGACUUAACAUGGAUUCAAUGUGAUGCUCCAUGCACUAGCUGUGCAAAGGGUGCAAAUCCUUUGUACAAGCCCACAAAAGAAAAAAUAAUACCUUUCAAGGACUCUCUCUGUGUUGAGGUUCAGAGACAUCAAAAGACUGGAUAUUGUGAAAAUUGUCAUCAGUGUGAUUAUGAAAUUGAAUAUGCAGAUCAUAGCUCUUCCAUGGGGGUUCUUGCAAGGGAUGAGCUUCAUCUUAUGAUUGCAAAUGGAUCAAUGAUCAGAAAAAAUGUUGCUUUCGGGUGUGCUUAUGAUCAGCAAGGCUUACUUCUAAACUCAAUGGCAAAGACAGAUGGUAUCCUCGGACUUAGCAGGGCUAAAGUCAGCUUACCUUUUCAAUUGGCAAGCCAGGGGAUCAUUAAAAAUGUGGUUGGCCAUUGCCUCGCUACUGAUGCUGCUUCUGGUGGAUAUAUGUUUUUGGGUGAUGAUAUUGUGCCAUACUGGAAAAUGACAUGGGUCCCCAUGCUUAACAGCCCUUCCACGAAUUUCUAUCAUUCAGAGGUCGCGAAAAUGAGCUAUGGAAAUAGACAGCUCAAUUUAGGUAGUCUGGGCAACAGUCUGGGACGGGUAGUUUUCGAUAGUGGCAGUUCUUAUUCAUACUUCAUGAAACAAGCAUAUUCUGAUUUAGUUGCUUCACUUGCAGAUGUGUCUGGUAAAGGCCUCAUCCAGGAUGACUCAGAUCCUACAUUGCCCAUCUGUUGGCGAGCUAAAUUUCCAAUAAGAUCUGUUAUCGAUGUCAAGCAGUUCUUUAAACCUUUGACCCUUCAACUUGGGAGCAAAUGGUGGAUCGUCUCCAGAAAGAUUCGGAUUCCUCCAGAGGGCUACUUAAUCAUAAGUAAUAAGGGCAAUGUCUGCUUGGGUAUCCUUGAUGGAAGCAAAGUACAUGAUGGAUCUAGUAUUAUACUUGGAGACAUCUCGUUGCGUGGACAGCUCAUUGUAUACGACAAUGUUAACCAUAAAAUUGGAUGGGUACACUCGGACUGUGUCAUGCCCCAGAGAUUUGAGAGCCUUCCAUUUCUCUGAGGCGUGGAUCUUUGUUGCUAACAUGGUGGUAAGCCAAUGUUGAUUUUGGUUUCAUUAUACUAUUUUCCUUUGUACAUAUCCAGUUCGUCCUCUGCUCUCUCUGCUUCGACGCAUUCUCUCAUGACUAGUUCAACAGUCGUCUGUAUUUAUGCUGUUCGUGUAUCCGAUAUAAACCAGAAUAAUUUUGUAAUUCUACAUAUCCCACUGAUAUUUUUCUAUUAUUUCUGUUAAUUAAAACAUAAAAGUUUGUCAGCGUGUAUCAUA